AUGGCUACCGUGGACAUCCGAUACGACUGCUACGCUGUUCACCGUGAGACGGUUCCAUGGGAUGACAUUGCACUAUAUUCUAGAUGGUUGGCAUGUAGUUCGACCAUCACUGUUCGCUAUCUUCCGGAGCGCGUCAUGCGGCAGUUCGGAUACCGUCAGACGAUACCUCGCCAUCCUUUUGUCUUCGCUCCUAUCUUGAUGACCCUUCGGCAGAUAGAUGAGGCCUUUGCAGACUUUGAGCAUCACAUGGUUCCAGAAGAGGCUCAGGCGACCAGACCAGAGGUAGACUGGAGUCGUGCCGACGAGUACAUCACUUGGUACUUCACUGUGUCACCCCUACAUUAUCCCCACUACAUAGGGAUCAUCGCCCAGAUAAGCUUUUCAAAAGAUAUUGCAGACUCAUCAGUCUCAAUUGGACCAAACACAUGA